UGCAGGUGUAUGCAUUUGUUGCUCCUAAAAUUAUUGGUGGAAAGAAUGCACCCUCUCCAGUUGGUGAACUUGGGAUGGUUGAGAUGACACAAGCUUUGGAAUUAAUUGAUGUUUGCUAUGAGCAGGUUGUGUUGUUUCUUACCUAUGACACGUGAACUGCAGAUUGGACCGGACAUGCUUAUAAGUGGAUUUCUUCAUCCCGUUCCAGACCUAACACCUGUUAUUCCAUCAGUGGAGGAAACUUCUGCAAUUGAUCCUUCAGUUACCGCUUAUGAAUCAAGCAUCAUAUUCUUUUACAAGACAUGGGAUCCUUAUGGAGCCUUUUCAAACUUCUCCCCUCAUGCAAUUCAAAUGCCCUGUGAAAGUGGCAAUUAUCUAACCUGGCCGAGUGUGGAGCAUUAUUAUCAGGCUCACAAGUUUGUGGGGGUGAAUGAUCCUGUAGCCAGGAAUUGUGUGGAAGACAUAAGAUCUGCUAAGAGUCCUGAGGAAGCAGCACGAAUGGGAAGGACAAUGCAGAGGCAGCACCCUGAUCUGGUAAGAUCUGAUUGGGAAUCUGUCAAGAUCGAUGUUAUGUACAAGGCCUUGAAAUGUAAAUUUUCCAUCUACCCUCAUUUAAACUCUAUGCUGCUCUCGACAGCAGGGUCUGUUCUUGUUGAAGCGUCGCCGCAUGAUCUCUUUUGGGGAGGAGGUCGAGAGGGUGAAGGCCUAAACUAUCUAGGCAGGUUGCUGAUGCAGUUGAGAUCGGAGUUUCUUGGUGAAUCUUCUUCAUCAUCAAAUAAGAUCUCUAUAACUCAUCAAGAAAGAGAGAAUGAAUUGAAAAAAGCAUGAUGGUUCUGUUUAAAUACUUCUUUGUAACAUUAUUAUUAAUCAAAUUUUCUUGUACGCCUCUUUGUAAAAUUAUUAUUCUGCAAAUAAUAAGUGUAAGCUUGUGAUAA